AUGGAACACAAAGCUCAUCCUGGAAGUUUCGGGGUGGUGCGUGACAGGCGGAUAAACAACCCGUCAGAAGAAGCACAGAAGCGGUGGGCGCUCGAGACACCGCCAAUGUUUGCUCAGGAAUCACCGAAGGAGGAACUACCACCCAUGGAGGACUUGGCUCCGUCGAGGGCUGCGGUCGCCGCCCAGAGGGUGAGUUCAACGACUCAACCGGCGGCCGAAGCUGCGGUGGAGAAACCGGCUGACUCUGGUGCACCCGCUGUUCCCGAUGCUGAGGCAGAGACACGGAGGCCGAAAAGUUUUGCGGAAGCCAUCAAGUUAGGGAAACAAGUAGGUAGCAAUGCGAGUCAGGUGGCUCCUCGACUCGUUGUGGCGAAGGGGGUCAAAGACCACGCUGAGGAGCCUCCAGUUCGGGUGAAAGCGAGCGAACCCCAGCGAGAAGGCGCAAAAGCGCUGACUAAGGAUUCUACGGGGGCAAAGAAGGGUGCGACGGCGAAAAAGCGCGAUGGCAGUGAGAAGAACGGAAAAGAAGCGAGUGACCGGUCCUCAGGCAAACCAAACGGUAGGGAGGGUCCCAAUCGCAGCAAGGGGAAGGAUGCGGAGGGGCGGACGCUUAGUCGCUUCGUGGUUUUUUAUGACGUCAUUGUGAAGGGUUUGCCUCCCACUGCAACGGAGCAAACUGUACGCGACCUGGUGGAGCCAAUGGCCCCCGUUAAGCUUGUGAAAUUACUUUCCCAAAAUGAUAAGAAGGACACCAACGUUAUACGCACCUUUUCCUUCGUGCAGUUGGAUCACGACGCCAUAAAAGAGGCGGGUGGUAAUGUGAAGGCAACGGUGGCAAAAUUGUUAGAGUCGAGCAAGGGAAAGAAGGGGUCUGGAGGGUCACGCAUUCAGAUAGACGAGGUCCGCGAAAAGUACACCGCGGCACCUGCCCAAACCUCGGGCGAGGCAGCCAACGCCGAUUGUUCUCAGUAG